AUCUUCCACGAACUCGCGCAAAAAUCCUCGACUCCGUUCGUGAUACGCAAGAAGUCUCGUCGAAAGACGAGAGAGAACGUCGAAACGACGUACUGUGACACCACGAAUGUUACAAGAAAUCCUCUUCCGAUUGCGCUGUUCGAAAUUCCAUCAUCCCGAGAACCCCCAUCAUCAUUUCACGCGAGAAGUGGGUCGCGCCAAAUCCUCGCCUACGCGUGGUCCCCCUUCCCAUUUGAAACGCGAUCGGUCCAGGAAUCCGUCAGUGGCGCAUCGCGCACGGCAGGAUCGUCGUCGGAGAAGAUCGUAGUACUGACGGUCUCGAGAAAUCGUCAGUUUACACGAACGAACGCGACGAUCCGCCAAUCGAAACAUCGCGAGAAAGACCCUCGAGGGUAGAGCGGUAAUUAAUUGUUAGAGGAAGCAGAGAAGCGGAGAAAUUUUUCUCAUCAGCUGAGAACGCUGAGGAAGGAUGCCCGGCGCAGGCGGUCAGCCGCCGCAGAGGACCACCUUCCGCCCGCCAUGGGUCAAGGAUGGUCCCUCUCCUUUGCCUAUGCCCACAGCGCCCUGGACCCUCAACUCCCGCAGAGAUUCUAAGCCAAAAACCGACGACGUCCCGGCCUUCGCCCAGGUCGCCCUAAAGAGUGUGCCAAAACCCGCGGAACCGGCGGCACCGUCGACAGAUGGGCAACCGCGUAAACAGAGCAAAAUCACGAUAAUACCGAAGCAGCCGAAUAAUGAAAAACCUAGUAAUGAAAAAAUCCCAACUGGCCGGCCGGUGUCGGCAAAGCUGCGCGAGAAUGGACGGCAGGAGCCCCAUUCGAGGCCGCAGCUCGAGCGACAGAUUCGUAUCGAGAGAUCUCGAUCACGAGGUGACAGUAUACCGCUCUCGAAGAGUGAGAGCACCACAGAGCCGAAAUUGAAUAUGAAAAUACCAUUGAUAGAUAAAGUAAUAAAAAAAACCACAAUUAGGAAACGCUGA